AUGUCCUCCGCACAGGAAGAAUUCAAUCAACUAGUCAGCAACAAUCGCGACACAUACUCCACACAUCCCGAAGACAGGGACGAAGACCUACACUUCUCAGACGAUAACGAUCACCUCGACUCCCCACCCCGCACCCUGCGCCAACGUAGAACAGUCGACUCCUCAGACGAGGACGAGGAAGAAGACGACGACAUGUCUCGCACUUCAAACUACCAUCUCCCCAAGAACAACUUCGAAGCAAACACAGGGCCCAAGGGUGUCAUCGCCGACGCCCGCGCCUUCGAACGUGCGCGCAAGAAGUCCUUCCGUAAAACUCUCCUCGCUGCCACUGGCUUCGAAGCGACCGCUGCCGCUCAAAAGCCUGCUCGCAGCGAUAGUCGUUCUCCGUCGCGAGAGGCCUCAGAGGGCAGUGAGGAUGAUGAAGAGGAGCGCUUUAUGCGCCAAUGGCGUACACUGCGUAUGCAAGAACUUCAGGGCCGUGGUAACCGUCGGCCCUCGCCACGCGGCAGGCUCUUCGGCUCGGUAGACACCGUUGAUGCGGCUGGGUAUCUUGAUGCUAUUGAGAAAGUGAGCAGCGACACUGUUGUCGUUGUAUACAUCUUUGAUCCUCAUUCUGAUCAGAGUGCUGUUGUUGGAGAAUGCCUCAACACUAUUGCCCGUCGACAGCCUACUGUCCACUUCGUACGGCUUCAUCAAGAAAUCGCCGAGAUGGACUACAUCAAAGCCCCCGCAUUGCUGGCCUAUCGCGAGGGCGAUGUCUUCGCAACCAUCGUCGACGUGAUCCGCAACAUUCCCAAAGGUCGUGUCUGCAGUGCUGACAGUCUAGAAGACCUCUUAAAACUGAACCGUGUGCUUUAA